UGAGUUAUUGAUUAUUUUAACAGUACUAAAUUAUAGAAUUAUUUAUUACGCAUUUAUCAUCUAAUAAUUAAUAAUUUGGUUUGCCAUUAUUUUCUGAAUGGAGAGUGUAAUAUCUUCGUAACCAUAAUAUAUUUUAUCAAUUAUAAAAUUGUUUUAACAUUUUAAGAACUACUCCAAAUAAUGGCCAGCUAUUUUGAUGAACUUCAUGUUGAUGAAGAUGAAGUACCAACAGUUCGUGUGGAACGUUUGACAAGAGAGACAUUUCGAAUGCUUUUUGAUCAUGAUCCAAUACGAUAUGGUGACAUGGUUAAUUAUCAAAGUAGUCCUCCUGCAUCCAAAUCAGAAAUUGAAAAACUUAUUACUCCUUUAUUUGAUGAACUAUUGGGAGAACAAUGUCGAAUAUGUUUAUGUCAAUAUCAAGUAAAUGAUAAAGCACUAACUAUGCCAUGUAAACAUAUAUUUCAUGAAGAUUGUUUAAAAACAUGGUUGGAAAAAAGUAAUUUUUGUCCACUUUGUAAAUUUGAACUGAAGACCGAUAAUAAAAUGUAUGAAUUAUAUAAAGAAGAAUUAAAAAAACGACAAGCAAGAGAAAAUAAUAUUGCCCAACUUCAUGAUUUAAUGUUCUCAUAAACUUAUAAAUUAAUAAAACAUUUUAAUGAUUA